CAUAAUUUAGAACAACUAGAAAACAAAAAACACAACAACUUGAAGUCUUGAACAAAUAAUCAAACAGGAAACCACAUUUGCGUCACAUAGGCCUACCCUAAAAUUGUAAUGAUGAUGAUUAAGACGAUGUCGGCGAUGAUGAUAAUUCCUAUGACGAAAAUGCUAUGCUUUUCCAACCAAUAUCCUAAAAAUAUACGCUAAUUUAUUUUUUAAUCAAGAUUUGAGAGAUGUCGAGAAUAAUUUGCAGUUUAAAAAAAAAAAAAAAAAAAUGAAGUGCCAUUACUCUCUUUCCAAAGUGUUUACUUUAAUAGUGGUAGUUUUUUUUGACAAAAUGUUGUUAUUGUGGAUUUUUUUUUCUUCCCCUCUCCCGAUUAGCGAUAGAACACUGAAGAUUUGACUGAACACAUUAUUAAAACAUCAUAGACAAGUCGCAGGAUUUUCCAAAGGCAGUAAAAAAUUGUUUUUCCAGAUCAGAAACUGAUAAAUAACAGUGCACUUGCAUUAGGCCUACAGAGGCAAGGGAAGAAAUAAAGAAAGAAAUAUCAAUUAUCAAAAUAACAUGUAGAUCGAAUUCUACUGGGAAGCAAUUUGAUUUCAAGGCCUAACGUGUACCCGAGAUGUUUCCUUUUUCUAUACUUUUGAUGCGCGCCCACCAUCGGGCGGAAUUAGGGCGGGUCUAGGCGGAAUUAGGCAAGGAAAAUGCCUCACGCAGACGGCGCGCUACGGACAAUCGCUUAUGAUUUCGGGCGUAAAAAUGGCAUAGCUAGAUUUGCUAGAAUUUCGGCAACAAAUUGGUAUACAUUAGCGCCUGUAUAAUUCAUUUUCAGAGAAGUUAUCUGAGAAAAACUGCCCAUCGGGCGGAAACCGGGCAGGGUACGGUACGUCCCUAUAUAUAGCAGCUAUAGCCUUUUGGCAUCCCAUACAACAGGACAACAAUUAGCAAAUUAACGACGUUGAUUUAUAAAACCUUGUCCUUGGACCUUCUUUUCUGUAUUUGGUCGUGAAAGCUCAGGAUCACUAAAGGGUUAUCUUUCCUGAAUACGGAUAAAGAAGGGUUGGAGACGGGAAGCCAAGAUGAGUGAAAUCAAGGUUCUUGAAGAGCCCCUGACAGGAUUCCAGGUCUUUUUCUUGAAGAUAGAGGAUACAGAAGAUGAGGAAGGUGAGGUGACCAGAGACCCAUCAAGAAUACACGAUGAUAUCCUCAACCUGCAGUUUAGCUGUCGGGAUGGAAGUUUUAGUCAAGAAAUUUCAGGAGAGGAUAGGGAAGAGGAGAUCAAGACAAGUAACGUGGCAGAGCCUCAAGCUGGAAACCCCACAAGAUCAAAUCAGCAGCUGUCAGGACAUGGUGAAGAAUUGGACGAAAGGAGAUGUAUGAAGCCAGAAACACAGGGUGAGGUCUCAAGAAAAGGCAGCUCAACUGUUCUGCCAAAUGCUGAAGCAAUGACCAAUUGUGAUUCAUCUCAAAGAGACUUCAGGAGCAUGAUUAAUAAAUCUAGUUCAAAUGAUGUUUCAGUUCAAGAAAGCGAUUUGCUAAAACAGCCUCCAACAGCAGUGGACAGAGUGGGUGCUUCAUGUUCCUAUAGGCCUGAGCAUGAAGGGAUGAACAAACAAAGAGAAAGCCUACCGGAAAAGCAGUGUUCUGAUGGUGAUGAAAGAGUUGCAAACACUGACAGCGCAAUAGACAUGGUAUCUAACAGAAGAGAAAAGCGGCAUCAGUGUUCUGUUUGUAACAAAAAAUUCUUAUUCAAGAGUAAGCUAACAACACACAGCAUGAGCCAUAGUGGAGAAAAGCCUUUCCAGUGUUCUGUUUGUAACAAAAAGUUCAUAUUCAAGAGUGGGUUAAAAAAACACAGUAGGACCCAUGGUGGAGAAAACUAUUUCCAGAAAUUUCAGUGUUCUCAUUGUAACAAUAGGUUCACAACGAAGUUUGGCCUCCACAGACAUAAGCAAUCCCAUAAAGGAGAAAACCCAUUCCACUGCUCUCAUUGUAAUAUGAAGUUCUCGCUGAAAAGUUAUCUGUUAUCUCAUUUGAAAAGCCAUUCAGGGAUAAAGCCAUUCCAGUGUUCUAUUUGUAGCAAACAGUUUUUAGGGCAGAAAAGUCUAACAUACCACCUGAAAUUUUGUGAUAAAACACAACACAUAGGAGGAAAUACUAACUAUGACUGCUCUGUUUGUAACAAAAUAUUCUCUGUCAAGCAAAAUCUAAAAAGACACAUGUUGACCCAUAGUGGAGAAAAGCCCUUCCGGUGUUCUGUUUGUAACAAAGGUUUAUCAAGUAAGAGUAUGCUAGAUAUGCAUAUGAGAACCCAUACAGGAGAAAAGACAUAUCUUUGUUCAGUUUGUAGCAGACAAUUCAUAUGGAAGACCAGUCUAAAGUAUCAUAUGAAAACCCGUUGUGGAGAAAAGCUGUUUCAUUGUUCUGAUUGUAACAAAAGGUUCUCUACUGAGGACUACCUAAACAUGCAUAUGGAAACCCAUACAAGAGAAAAGCCAUUCCAGUGUUCUCAUUGUGAUAAGAAAUUCAUGCUAAAAAGUUAUCUGUUAUCUCAUAUCAGAUCCCAUACAGGAGUAAAAGCAUAUCAUUGUUCUGUUUGUAGUCAACAGUUCAUGUGGAGGAGAAGUCUAGCACGCCACAUUGUAAUCCAUGAUGUAGAUAAUCCAAGUCCAUGCUCCGAGUGUGGAAAAGUGUGUCUAAGCAAGUCUUCUCUCACCAAGCAUAUGAAAACCCAUACGAAGGAAAAGUCAUAUCAGUCAUCUCAGUGUUCUGUUUGUAACAGCAAGUUCUCAUGCAAGAGUGAGCUAAGAAGACACAUGAGGACCCAUAUUGGAGAAGAGCCUUUCCAGUGUUCUGAUUGUAACAGAAGGUUCUCACGAAAGGGUUACCUAGAUAUGCAUAUGAGAACCCAUACAGGAGAAAAGCCAUAUCUUUGUUCAGUAUGUAGCAGACGAUUCAUUUCGGAGACUAGGCUAACAAACCAUAUGAAAACCCAUGGUGGAAAAAGGUUUCAUUGUCCUGAUUGUAACAAAAGGUUCUCAUUCAAGAGUGAGCUAUCAAGACACAUGUUGACCCAUAGUAGAGAAAAACCUUUCCAGUGUUCUCAUUGUAGCAAAUGGUUCUCAAGAAAGGGUGACCUAAACAGGCAUAUGAAAAGCCAUGCGGGAGAAAAUACAAUAAAAAAGCCAUAUCUUUGUUCAGUUUGUAGCAAACGAUUCACUUCGGAGACUAGGCUAACAAACCACAUGAAAACCCAUGAUAGAAAAGAGAUUCAUUGUCCUGAGGCUGAUUGUAACAAAAGGUUCUCAUUUAAGAGUGAUCUAUCAAGACACAUGAGGACCCAUAGUGGAGAAAAGCCCUUCCAGUGUUCUGUUUGUAGCAGACAAUUCAUAUGGAAGACUAGUCUAAAGUAUCAUAUAAAAACCCAUACGAAGGAAAAGUCAUAUCAGUGUUCUAAUUGUAACGGAAUGUUCUCAUGCAAGAAUGAGCUGAGAAUACACAUGAAGACCCAUAUUGGAGAAAAGCCUUUCCAGUGUUCUGAUUGUAACAAAAGGUUCUCAAGAAAAGGUUACCUAGAUAUGCAUUUGAAAUCCCAUACGGGAGAAAAGCUAUUCCAGUGUUCUCAUUGUAAUAAGAAGUUCUUGCUUGAAAGUCAACUGUCAGAUCAUAUGAAAAGCCAUUCGGAGAUAAAGCCGUUUCAGUGUUCUUUUUGUAGCAAACAGUGUUUUUGGAAGAAAAGUCUAACAUACCACCUGAAAUUCUGUGAUAAGACACAAGACAGAGGAGGAAAUACUAACUAUGAGUGCUCUGUUUGUAACAGAAUAUUCUCAACCAAGCAAAAUCUAACAAGACACAUGAGGACCCAUAGUGGAGAAAAGCCCUUCCAUUGUUCUGUUUGUAACAAAGGUUUAUCAAGGAAGAGUGUGCUAGAUAUGCAUAUGAGAACCCAUACAGGAGAAAAGACAUAUCUUUGUUCAAUUUGUAGCAAACAAUUCACUUGGAAGUCUAGUUUAAAGUAUCAUAUGAAAACUCAUUCUGUAUUAAAUCAAUUUUAGUAUUCUGUUUGAAGAAAAUUGUUCAUUUGAAAGAGUAGUCUAAUAUGACCUAUAAAUAUCCAUACUGUAGAAAAGCCAUAUCAGUCGAGCAAUAAUAAUAGUGGGUUCUUGGAUAGUGCUCAAGACAUGUCUUUUAGACUUGACACUCCUGGCGCUCCACGGCAUUAGCAAUAUUGGUGCUCUAGCAUUUCAAGGAAUUAAUUCCAUGCCAGAUACCCGUUUACCUCACCUGGGUCGAGUGAGGCAAAUGUAUAUUAAUGUCUCGUAAAAGAAUUAUUCACCAUCAAAGAUGGCACAGGUAGGCCAGAUUUUAAUUAAAAAACCCAAGUACUGUAAAUCUCCGUGUAUAAGACGCACCUGUGUAUAAGACGCACCCCUAUAUUUGGGGCAGAGGAUUUAAAAAAAAAAAAAAAUUUGCCCACUUUGUCUGCAGCAAGCCAGGUUCGUGUUAAAAAACCCACGCGGGGAAGGACUUGCAUUUAACUGCAAGGUGCAGUUUAAGGCGCCGAUUUGUGCUUGUGAACCUGUCACAAAUAAUAGGAACAAUGUCGUUUUUAAAAGAAUGUGUAAGAUCAAUAAUGUAAAUUAAAAACAGUAGAGGACCUAGUAUAGAACCUUGUGGUACGCCGUGUGUAAUAGAAGAAAAAUUGGAUAAAUUAUUAUUAUAAACUACAUAUUGAGAACUAUUUGAAAGAUUACUUUCUAACCAAGAUGACAGACAAAUUUGAGUGUUGUUCUAGUUUCCGAGUGGUGAGUCAACACAUCGAUUACUGAGCUGGGAGACAUUGCCAGGCAUAGCGCCAGGUGGAGGGACAUAAAUCGAAACUUUAAACAAAAAAGUGCGUCUCAUACACGGACAUUUACGGGGUAUUCAUUUUUCUCUGGUUGUAAUACUUGGCCGAAAUAAUUGUAUAUCCUACGUCGCAAUAAAAUCAGACAAUUUUAAGUGCCUUUA